AUGUUUACGGCGAAGCAUGUGGCUGCCUCACAGGUGACCAUUGUGAUGCCGCCGCGGGAGGCCGAGGACCUUCGCCAGGAGUUGGUCAGCGGCCAAGGCGUCAAAGCUGUAUGGAAUGUGCUGUCACGACUCGACGUGGAGAGGGCCCAGGCCUCUGUAACCAGAGAUCGCGAGCUCAUUCUGCAGAUGAUUCAUGAUGGCCCUGGAGCACAUAAACUCAACACGGUCAUCGCAGAGCAUUUGAAAGACUGGAUCUUGGAAGCCUGCGAGGGACACCUACUCCACGCCCUUCGUGACGGUGCAGCAUCGGUUGCCGUCGCGAAUCUCUGCAGCGAGGUCGGCGGCCUCCUCUCAGACAUGGGGUAUCUGGAGAGAGCACGCUUCGUGAUGGAGGAGGGGUUGAGGCUCCACGAAGGCAGCGGCACUUUGGGGUCCAAUGCGGGCGCGGAUUUGCUGGCCAACCUGGGAGAGAUUCAUGAGAAACAAGGAGAUCUUGAUGGUGCUGCCGAGCUCUACGAGCGUGCCGCGCUGUGCUUUGCGGCUACCUCGGCUCCAGUGCCGUUGGACUACGCAGCUCUGAAGCGACGACAGGGACGACUCCUUGGGGUGCGAGGUGACCUGGAGGGCAAAAUGAAGCUCUACGAGGAGGCUCGGCACAUUUGUGAGUUGGCCAAUGCACUGGAAUCCACGGAAGGGACCGUGCUCCUCUCUUCCAUCGGUGCUGCGAAGCGGCAGGCCGGCGACAUGGAGGGUGCCGUGCAAGCGUACGAGGAAGCCCUGGGCAUUCAUGAGCGGCUACAAACACUGGAGUCGCCGGAGGGCGCCACGCUUCUCUCCAACAUCGGUGUGGCGCGGCUGCGGCAGAGGAAGAAGAAAGCCGCGAAGCAGGCUUUCGAGCGAGCCAUGGCCAUUCGAGAAAAGACUGGGACCUUGGAGACGUCGGCCGGAGCCACGCUGCUCACGAACAUUGCGGAUGUCCAGGAGCUCUUCGGAGACGCCGAGGGGGAGCUGAGGCUCUACCUGCAGGCCAAGGAGAUUCGUGAGAAGACGGGCACCUUGGACUCCUCGGCCGGAGCAGUGGUCCUGUCGCACAUCGGGGGCAUCUACGCGAAGCAAGGAGAUAGCAAAGAAGCUCUCUUGUGGUAUGCUCGGGCGCGGGAUGCUCGGGAGAAGUCCGAGACACUGGAAACCGAUGCGGGCGCCAAGUUGCUGGCGAAGACCGCGGAGUUGCUGAGCCAGGAGGACCGGCCUAAGGCGGCGGCCCUCUUGGAAGAGGCUUGGUCAAUCCGAAAGCGCUCCGAGACCUUGCACUCUGAAUCAGGCGUGAAGCUCCUGUCCUCUCUUUGCAGCCUUCGUGGGGACAUGGGAGAGUACGAAGCAGCGGAGGAGGCCUGGGAGGCAGCCAGAGAAGUGGUGGAAGCCAUGGGCGACAGCUCGACGAUGCCCGAAGUAAG